UAUAUUUUCAGGUUUCCCACUGCAACCUUCCAAUAUUCUCGCUCUUUUCACCACCACCACAAUCUUCAACUCUCCUUGUUUCUAUUUACAUUUCCUUUUCUUCAAACUCUCUCUCUUCCCCUCUCUCUCUUCUCUAUCUCUGUUUAUCUAUCUAUCUGUUCAUUCAUCAAUGGCGGAUAACCUAGCCAUGUGUCUCAUAGGAGCUAUGGAUCGUCUUUGGUUCCACCAAGUUAUUAUUUUCAGUGAACCCACUUCAUUGUUUCAUCACAAUAAACUCCUCAAGCCUCCUAAAGCUGCCUCAUUACCAAAUCAAUCUUUAUCCGACCAAGAAACCACUGUAUCAAACUCAUCUGGAGUACCCACCAAACUGGAGGAUUCCAACAGCGAAGAAGAUGAAGAAGAAGAAGAAGAAGGUAAACAAGGAAAAGACAUUAAGGCAAGACCAACAAGACUGAGUCUUAGUUCCAGAAGAUCAUUUUGCUCACAUUCUUCUUCACCAUCAACUCAAAAACGGCCGAGAAAAUCCAGACACCGAUAUGCUACUGCAGUGAGUAUACGACUACAGAAAUCCAUGAGUUGCCGGAGCUUAAAAGAGCUGGAACUUGAAGAAGUAAAAGGGUUCGUGGAUUUAGGUUUUGUAUUCAAGAAAGAACACAUGAGCCCAAGAAUGAUGAGUUUACUCCCUGGUUUACAGAGACUUAGCUUGUUCAGAAACAAAAGACAGAAAGAGGAGGAAGGAAAAGAAGAAGAGGAGACAGAAAGAGGCAUUAUAAGACCAUACUUAUCAGAGGCAUGGCUUAUAAAGAGACCUGAUUCACCUCUGUUGAACCUAAAAAUUCCUAGGGUUUGUGCGGCUGCUGAUAUGAAGAAACACCUUAAGUUCUGGGCAAGAACUGUUGCAUCUGUUCUUCAGCAAGAGUGUUAAACAGCUUUAUUCAUGAGGACCCAUUACAGAGAAAUUCUAAUUAGAGUUGCAGAAACCUUAUGGCUUUAUUCAUAAAAAUAAGACAAUGGAGACCAAACCAAACUAACUGUUUGAGGAUGCCACAACUGUGCAUUAAAUAAAAGAGAAGUGCAGAAGAAUGUGCUUCCCUGAUCAGUGAAUUUUUAGAAAUGUCACCGUUUUGUUGUAUUUACUAAACCAAGAUUAUGUAAAUAAAACUUAAUUAAUUUUAUAUCACAUUUUCUGAUUUAUUUUUCAUAAGUAAUAUUAAUUUAUUGAAUGAAAAGGCUAAGAAGCCAAGAUGUACAAGAGAGAUUA